AUGGCUGCUGUAGCCACUGCACAGAAAAACAGCCGAUACUCCAUGUCCGAGAGGAAUCUUGGGCUUAUGAUGGAGAUUAUUCGCAAGGAUCCAGAAUCCUACAAAGAGGAGUUCAUGGAACAGUUUGAUCAUUACCUUCACACGAUGAAAUUGCUUCAUUUACAACCGCAACAACAUAGAAUGGAGCUACAGCCGUUGUUGGAAUCGGUGACAUUCUUGUCAGGACUCGCUAAGCACUACCCAGAACAAGCAAAGGAGUUCUCAGCGCAUUUGAUAGGCGUCCUUCGCGAGCAAGGGAGCGGCCUUGAUCCUCACGUAAGUCGUUGCAUUAAAGUUGCGUUCAUACUUUGCAACCGAAUCUCGUGGUAUCGUAGCGAGGAGCAGCCACAACUUAUUUGUAUUGAUGCCUACCGAAGGCGUUAUUGGCGUGAUGCCAAAUGUGCGAAUGUUAUAGCCGAGACGUGUUUUCACAAGACGCCGAAGAUUCAGGUAACAGGGAUGAAAUUUUUCUUGGGUUCCAAAAAGGACGAGGACGGCAACAGUGAAGCUAGUGAUGAUGACGAUAGUCAAAGUGAAGAGGAAGGAAAAACUAUCAAAGAGGUAAUGAGUGCAUUCCGCCAUGCGAAGAAGACCAGAAAAAGGACGAAAGAUUUGGAAAGGUCUAAGAGAGCGAUUAACAAAAAGAAAAAGGCAAAGAAAGAAGGAAGGAGUAAGGAAUGCAAUUUGCUGGCCAUUCAGUCUUUAUAUGACCCUCAGGAAUUUGCCGAUAAAUUGUACAGGAUGUUAGAGAGUAAGAAAAUCGACAAAUAUGAGGUGAGGUUAUUCCGCAUGGCGUUAUGUGCUAGAGUUAUUGGUGUGCAUCGUCUGCAUACUCUCAGCUUUUACUCAUAUCUUCAUCGUUAUCUACAGCCGAAGCAACGAGAUGUGACAAGGAUUCUACUCUACGCUGCACAAGCUUGCCACGAGAUGAUCCCUCCAGAUACAGUGGAACAGCUCGUCCGUACCAUCGCUAACAACUUCGUCACAGACAGAAACUCUCCCGAAGCCAUUACUGUAGGAAUAAACGCAAUUCGCGAAAUCUUUGCGAAUUGUCCAUUUGCCGCCACUGAAGAGCUCCUAAGAGAUCUGGCGGAGUAUAAAACGUACAAGAACAAGAAUGUGUCAAUGGCUGCUCGUGCGCUUAUUACUCUAUUUCGUUCUGUUAAUCCUCGUCUUCUCGCCAGAAAAGACCGAGGUCGACCAACUGAUGGUGACGACGAGAAGGAAUUUUUGGGCUUUGCUAAACCUGCAGUUGCUGAAUUCGUACCUGGCGCAGAGGUUCUCGAAGAAAACCGACAGGAAACAGGUGAAAUGGAAGUGGAUGAAGCGGACGAUAGUGACGAUUCCAUAGAAAUAAGUGAAGCUGAAUCAACGUCUAACCUAUCUGAAAGAAAUGAAGUGGAUCCCAGAAAGAAAGCCGAAAUCGUCAGCUCUAACAGAAUACUUACACAGGAAGAAUUCAAGCAAAUUCGGAUAUAUCAACUGAAGAAAAAACUCAUUGGAGAGAAGCGACUGAAAAAACAGCUGGGAAACGCUAGGAAAAACGAUGAUGUCAAGCUAAUUGAAGAAUUGGGAGAAAGAAUGGAAAGGCGCGGCGAUGGAGACGGUUUGCCACGAUUGAAGGAUAUCGAGCAAUUCCAUAAGAAGCGUAAGCAGACGAAAGAAGAACGCAUGGCGGAUAUCAAGGAAGGCCAUGAUGAGAACCAGAAAUUUGGUCGACCAAAGAAAACGGGACCUCAUGUUGGAAGAACUAAUCGUGAACUAGCGAAGAAGAAAGUAUUUAGUAUGGUAAAAGCCAAGGUUCGGGGAAAGAAUCGACAACGUUCAUUCCGAGAUCAGCAGAAAAGUCUCCGAAAUUAUUUACUUCGGCAAAGCGGCCGUAAGCCACAAUAA